CCUUGUCUCCCGGUGUCUCCAGCAGGCCCAACUCCCCCUGGAGGACCAUCAAAGCCUGGCAGUCCAGUACUUCCUUGUUCUCCCUUGGCUCCUGGGAUUCCUGGAUACCCAGGGUCACCGUCAUCCCCCCUGCUAACUUCAGCUGAGGAAAUCCCUGGAUAGGAAGAGGAAUGGGAACAUGGCAAAGUGUUUGAAAAGAACAGGAGGAGGAAAUAAAAGCAGCCAUGUAGGCCUUACUUUCAAGCCUGGUAGGCCAUCAAACCCAGGGGUUCCAUCACGGCCUCUGGGGCCAGGGAGGCCUGGAAAUCCAUCGCGGCCAUCCAGUCCAGGAAGACCAGGGAAGCCUUUGUCUCCUGGCCACCCCUUGGGUCCUGUGGCACGACAUAUUUACUAUUGCAUUGGGGAGCAUGACUGUAUCAUCAGACUUCUUCAUACCUGAGGACCCAGGGUUACCCUUUUCACCUUUGACACCUUGGUACCCGGGACGUCCCGGGAAUCCUUCAUCACCCCUUUCACCCUUGGCACCGGGUCCUCCUCCAUACACUUGUCCAGGCAGUCCUUGCUCGCCUUUGACACCAGGAAUUCCAGGAUAUCCUGGUUGUCCUGGUGGGCCAUCCGGACCUUUGGAAAGAGUUCUGGAACAUGCCAGUGGCCAAGCACUACAGGUUGUCGUCAAGUGCCACAAGUCCUUAAGGUGGUCCUUCUGGUCCAAUGGGGCCGUGCUCACCAACUGUCCCUGGUAGUCCCGGAAGACCUACGACACCCUGAUGGACACAAGUCUGACAUGGGGGUGUGGAACAACCUUUGCAUGCCUGCAAUGGAAAUUAGAUGCCACCAUUCAUACUUCAUGCAUCAACUGACCCUGACACAGCAUCAGUGCCAUAAAUGGGUUCUUGUACUGCCUUGUAUUCUGACAUUCUUCUCAACGGAGUUACGUGCGCAAGAUAGCUGGUACAACUCAGGCGCCCCGAGUUACGGCUACAACUAUAACCAGAACCAGACGCAGCCACGGUACGACAGCUACCCCUGGGACAGCAGACGAGUUCCCAGUUCUCAAAAGCGAAACUGCACAGCUGCUUGUGCGGGAUGCAGAUGUAUAGGAGAAAAAGGAGCUCGCGGCACUCCAGGUGCACCUGGAUUUUCAGGCCCUCCGGGGACACAGGGUCACUCGGGACCAGAAGGUUUACCAGGAGACAAGGGACAGAAGGGAGAUCCUGGUCGUGAUGGACCCAGGGGUCCCAAGGGUGAACGAGGAAAGAUGGGUAUGCCAGGUUUCCCCGGCGCCAAUGGUAUUCCGGGUACUCCCGGUAACCCUGGUGCAAGGGGGCCGCCCGGUAUAGAUGGUUGCAAUGGAACACAGGGUGAAUCUGGCAACCCUGGAGCACUUGGCCCCACAGGACCAGCGGGUAAUCCUGGACAUCCUGGCCCACCAGGAAGAAAAGGGGAACCAGCUUAUGGCAUGCCUGGUGCAAAAGGAGAGAAAGGCGAACAAGGUCGAACAGGGCCACCCGGAACACCUGGCCUCCCCGGUGCUGACGGGCGUCCUGGACCAAAGGGUGACCGUGGUCUUCCAGGCCAACCAGGUGUCAAAGGAAUUGAUGGACCAGUGGGACCAAAAGGAAACAUGGGAUUAGGAAAGCACGGGCAAAAAGGAGAACCAGGUGAAAUGGGUGUCCAAGGUCCACCGGGUCCUGCAGGAAACUGCUCAGCUGGACUAGAUAAACCGCCAGAUGAAGUUAAAGGUCCACCUGGAGAACGAGGUCAAAAGGGAGAUACAGGUGAAAGUGGAGACUCUGGCUAUGAUGGAAGACCAGGAGUCACCGGCCCUCCUGGUGACAUUGGAAUGAAAGGAGAAAAAGGUCUACCUGGUCACCCUGGUGAACGAGGGAAAGAUGGUUACCCAGGUCCACCGGGUCCAACAGGAUUCAAGGGAGAUAGAGGUGACGAAGGACUUCCUGGCCUUCGUGGUGUAGACGGAACAAAAGGUGAUGCUGGCCUUCCUGGAGAGCCAGGGCCUCGCGGAUUUCAAGGACCUCCUGGUUUGCCUGGUGGAGGAUCAGGGGGAGCAGGGCCACCCGGACCUCCAGGCCUUCCUGGUCGUCCUGGACCACAAGGGUACCCUGGACAAGAUGGACGACCUGGUGAAUUGGGCCCCCGUGGACCUCAGGGCCCACAGGGUGGUCCUGGUGUUGCCGGCCUGCCUGGUCGGGAGGGUCCUCCUGGUGACAAGGGUGAGAAGGGUGAAGAAGGUCUAUCUGGGUUAAGAGGCCUGCCAGGAGCUGCUGGACAACCAGGAAUUGCUGGUCCCAAAGGAGAACCAGGCCCCAAGGGAGUGUCAGGAAUUUCGUACCCUGGACCGAAAGGUUUGGACGGGACGAAUGGCCUGAACGGGUUUCCUGGACAACAGGGAGAGCCGGGACCAAAGGGUGAAAGAGGUGCUCCUGGAGACUCUAUUGAAGGCAUACCUGGUGCACCUGGACUUAUGGGACCUAAAGGAGAGAGGGGCUUCGAUGGACGUGAUGGCCAACCUGGUACUCCUGGGCCUGUUGGCGACAAAGGUGAACGUGGUGGAAGUUGCUCGGCAUGCAGUCCAGGCUCGAAAGGAGAAAAGGGAGAAAGAGGCAACGAUGGCCCUCCUGGUCUGCAAGGGCCACGUGGACUGGAUGGUCUUGUUGGCCCACCUGGAGACAGGGGAGAUGAUGGUGUUCCAGGCAGACCUGGUACACCCGGCAGAGAGGGUGCCCCAGGGCGAGACGGAAAAGAUGGACUGCAGGGUGAGAAGGGAGAGCCUGCAACAGUGGAUCCCAGAGAUUACGCACCAGGAGUGGGUGAGAAAGGUGAUAGAGGGGCUACUGGUCUUCCUGGCCAACCUGGAUUUCCUGGUAAAGACGGUCCUCCAGGUCCAUCUGGCCAACCUGGAUAUGCAGGAAUCAAGGGCGAAAAAGGUCUUCCAGGCUACCCGGGGUCACCAGGUGCGAGGGGCCCAGAGGGAAGGCAAGGCAUUCCAGGCCCUAAGGGUGAACCAGGAUAUGGAAGGCCAGGGACCCCGGGAGGUAAUGGUAUGCCAGGUCCACCUGGGCCUCGAGGACAAAAAGGAGAAAAGGGACCAAGAGGACCGCCUGCUCCUGCAAAUAUCAAGGGUAUAGUACCAGGUCCUCCAGGUGACCGUGGAGAUCCUGGAGAACGUGGUUUGGAAGGCCUGCCGGGUCUCCCUGGAGAUAAAGGUAGAAAUGGCUAUGAUGGCCUUAAUGGACAAAAAGGAGACAAAGGAGAAGGUGGCUACCCAGGUCAACCAGGCGCUAGAGGUCUUCCCGGCCCGAGAGGUGAAAAGGGGGAAAUUGGGCCAAUGGGCUACCCGGGUCAACAGGGGCCUAAAGGCCACUCUGGACUUCCUGGUGCACCUGGGCUCCCAGGUCCAAUUGGAGAACCAGGAUAUCCGGGUAUCGGCCUUCCUGGACCUCCUGGACCUCAAGGAUUACCUGGCAACAAAGGAGAUCCAGGGUAUAUUGGACCUCCUGGACCACCGGGUGAAACGGGCGUGCCUGGGUACCCCGGACCUAAAGGUGACCGUGGCCAAGAUGGGCUUGAAGGCCUACCAGGUGCUAAGGGAGAGAAAGGUCAACCUGCACGAGAAGGUGCUCCAGGGCCUCAAGGGCCACCAGGAUUCCCUGGUACACAAGGAGACAGAGGUGCUGAGGGAUUCCCUGGAGAACCAGGUCUACCUGGUAGCCCAGGAUAUCCUGGACAAAAAGGUGAACCUGGCUUCAGUGGUGCCCCUGGAGCACCAGGGUUUGAUGGACAACCGGGACCACGUGGCUUACCUGGAAGGGAUGGGUACAAUGGAACAGAUGGAUAUCCUGGUGAAAAGGGUGAUGCUGGCCUUCCAGGAUUUCCUGGAGUUCCAGGCAAACCUGGCCUCGACGGCCCUCCUGGACCUCGAGGUUACAAAGGCGACCCGGGGCUGCCUGGCACACCAGGAAUUGAUGGUCAACCAGGCUAUCCUGGGACAAAAGGAGAACCUGGCCUCCUGGGUGCCCCUGGUGCUCCGGGGCUGCCAGGAGAUGCAGCUGUGAAGGGUGAUAGGGGUUACCCUGGUGCACCUGGACUUCCAGGUGUAGCUGGACCUCCCGGACCACCAGGAUAUGAUGGCCUUAAGGGAGAACCUGGAGAGCCCGGUCUCCCUGGAGUAGGACGCCCCGGGCCACAGGGACAAAAAGGAGACAGAGGCGAAGACGGAUAUCCUGGUCUGGAUGGAGGGCCUGGACAAAAGGGAGAAGAAGGCUUCAUUGGAUUUCCAGGACCCAAAGGAGACGCUGGAUAUCCUGGUGAACCAGGAGCACCAGGAAAGCCAGGAUUUGACGGCGGUCCUGGCUUGCCCGGCGUCAAUGGCAAUGAUGGCCUUCCUGGUAGAGAUGGGCUUAAAGGAGAGAGGGGAGAACCGGGAUUUCCUGGUGCACCUGGCCUUGUUGGUCCUCCUGGUCCAAAAGGGCAAGAUGGAUAUCCUGGCGUUCAAGGUGAAAAGGGAGACGCUGGUGAUAGGGGAUACCCAGGAAUUCCAGGUGAAAAAGGCGUGAAGGGCGAUAAAGGGUAUCCUGGCCCACCAGGAUUCAAUGGGCUGAGUGGAGAGAAGGGCGACAGGGGAUACGACGGCGUGCCAGGACGUCCAGGUGUCAAUGGUGAAAAGGGCGAAGCAGGCUUCCCUGGUUUACCAGGCGUAGAUGGUGAAAGGGGCUUUCCAGGUGACCCUGGAGUUGCGGGGCCACCAGGACUACCAGGAGAUUCGGUUGUUGGUCCCAAGGGUGAUAAAGGUGAACCCGGCCUCCCUGGUAUCGAUGGCUUUGAAGGAAGGCCAGGGGAAAAAGGUGAUGCUGGACUUCCUGGAGUGCCCGGCAGACAAGGGCCUCAGGGUCCCACUGGAAAGGGAGAUGUUCCUGGGCCCAAAGGUGACAGGGGCCUUCCUGGCCUUCAAGGUCAGCCUGGCUAUGAUGGCUUGAGGGGAGACAAAGGAGCAGAUGGCUUCCCUGGUCCACCUGGUCCACGGGGUGAAAAGGGUCUCCCAGGGCCACCAGGAUUCCCCGGACUGAAGGGAGACGCAGGAUUCCCGGGAGCACCUGGACUGCCUGGUGCAGUAGGGUUUAAAGGAGACAAAGGAGAUGCUGGAUUCCCAGGUCAGCCAGGCUUUCCUGGAGAAAAGGGAGAACCUGGACUUCCAGGACUUGAUGGAAGAGACGGAGCUCCUGGUCGCGUUGGUUCUAUUGGACAGAAGGGAGAACCAGGCCCUGGGAAUGUGUACAAAGGUGUUAAAGGAGAACCCGGACUACCUGGUUACCCGGGCAAGGAUGGUCUCCCAGGCCCCAGGGGACUGGAUGGACCAGCUGGCUUCCCAGGCAUGAAAGGUGAAAUUGGGCGUCCUGGACAGCCAGGCUUCCCAGGACCAGAAGGACCUCCAGGACCAAAGGGUGACGCUGGCUUUCCUGGAGUGCCUGGACCACCGGGGCUAGAUGGCUUACCCGGACAACCCGGACAACCUGGUUCACCUGGGUUGCCAGGUGGGGACUACCUCACGGGCAUCCUUCUCGUGAGGCACAGCCAAUCGGCAGUUGUACCAACGUGCCCCAAUGGCAUGGCACAGCUAUGGGAUGGGUACUCACUGCUCUACAUUGAAGGAAACGAAAAAUCUCACAACCAGGACCUUGGAUUUGCUGGUUCCUGCUUACGACGAUUUAGCACAAUGCCAUUCCUGUUCUGCGACUUCAACAGUGUUUGCAACUAUGCCAGUCGGAACGACAAGUCCUACUGGCUUUCAACGAAUGCACCUAUCCCCAUGAUGCCCGUUAGUGAGGACGCUAUCCGCCAAUAUAUCAGUCGGUGCGUCGUCUGUGAGGCCCCCGCGAAUGUCAUCGCUGUUCACAGCCAAUCACUUUCUCUUCCGGACUGUCCAAGUGGCGGCUGGAAUGUUUUGUGGAUUGGCUACAGUUUUGCUAUGCACACAGCAGCAGGAGCAGAAGGUGGUGGCCAAUCGCUCUCAAGUCCUGGCUCCUGCUUGGAAGACUUCCGUGCUACGCCCUUCAUUGAGUGUAACGGAGCUCGAGGAACUUGCCAUUACUUUGCAAACAAACUGAGUUUCUGGCUGACCACAGUCGAGCACGAGUCUCAGUUUGAUCGUCCACUAAGCGAAACGCUUAAAGCUGGAAACCUGCGGUCUCGUGUCAGCCGCUGUGCUGUCUGCAUCAAAAACACUGGCGUGGCGCCUUAAGUUCUCAAAGGAUAUAAAUUUUUGACUGGCUGGUCAUUUUCCUAACAUUCUCGUUGUUAUUGUUGUUAAUUGUUCCCUGAUCUUCUAACGCCUAUGGACGCUGUUUUUGUCAUCUGUGUAAGAGGCUGGUCAGUAUGCCAGAUAUGCACAUAUGUAAAUGUUCCCAUCAUUUUCUGCCUUAUCUCACGUGCUAUGUCACACUACUAAAGACAACUCUUUUUUUUUUUCUUUCUUUCCUCCUACAUUGGCAUGCUCGGCAUGACAAGAGAACAUGAAAUUGUGCCAUUAGGAAAAUUCAGCUUAGCCAGUACAGCUAAAAAGUUCUUAAUGCCAACAUUGUAGUUUUGUAUAUUUAUAAUAUUAAGAGAGGCUUUUGCAAUAUGACUUUAACGUUAAGGAACACAGUGGGGGUAGCUAUUCAACAAUGACCAGCGUAAUAGUUCUUGAAGAGAGUUGUUUGACGCAAAGCACAGGCAUUUCUGCCGUUCCACAUUCAGCAGAGUGCUGCAUGUAUGUAUAACACUGCCAUUUUAGAAGUACUAUGUCUGCCUCUGUCAGUUCACCCCUGUGGCACAUGUAUUUACUACGUGAUUUGCUGUCCACGCCCAAGACGGGCACGCCAUUCUCAAUGAGGCUUGUGGGAACACUGCCACAUAAGUAAAACUAGUCGCUCUAUGUAAAGAGACUUCCUUUAUGUUGCAUAAAAUACAUUGAUGCUGAACAUUCUUGUUUCUAUUA